UGUCUGUCUGUCUUCUCUCUCUCUCUUUCUCUCUGUGAUGUCGCCGGCGACGAUGACCGCCGCCCGCGCGCCUCCGUUGCCGUUCGCCUUCCUCUCGAAUCCGCGCAGAGCCCCCAUCCGAGCCGCAUUCCGCCGCGAAGCCGAGGGCGGCGGCCGGCUCGGGAGGAGGGAGCUGCUGCGGCGGGCGGCUCUGGCCCCUCUCCUGUGGAGCGUCACGCCGGCGGCGCCGGCGGCGGGAGCGAAGGAGGUGGAGGUCGGCUCGUACCUACCGCCGUCGCCCUCCGACCCUUCCUUCGUCCUCUUCAAGGCUUCUCCCAGAGACACCCCCGCGCUUCGCGCAGGGAACGUUGAACCCUACCAAUUCAUCCUUCCCCCGUCUUGGAAACAGAUGCGAGUGGCCAACAUACUGUCGGGCAAUUACUGCCAACCGAAGUGCGCGGAGCCGUGGGUGGAGGUGAAGUUCGAGGACGACAAGCAGGGGAAGGUUCAGGUGGUGGCCUCCCCUCUCAUACGCCUCACGAAUAAGCCCAACACGACCAUUGAGGAGAUCGGGAGCCCGGAGAAGCUGAUUGCCUCUCUCGGCCCUUUCGUCACGGGGAACACGUACGAUCCAGAUGAGCUCUUGGAAGCAUCAGUUGAAAAGCUCGGUGAUCAGACGUAUUACAAGUACACGCUGGAGACUCCAUACGCCCUGACGGGCUCGCACAAUCUUGCUAAGGCGACGGCAAAAGGGAACACCGUCGUUUUAUUCGUUGCCAGUGCGAACGAGAAACAGUGGCAAGCAUCCGAAAAGACUCUGAGAGCAAUGCUGGAUUCUUUUCAACUUUAGUAAUCCAAGGUAAGGGAUGCGGGAUGGUGUUAAAACGUUUCUUUCAGAGGAGAAGAUUGAAUCCUGUCGGCAGGAGUCUGGAAACAAGAUAAUACUUGUAUUGUACAUGGCCUAUAGCCAAUUACUCUUCUUUUACCUACUGUAUAUCAUCUAGUUGGGAUUUUGGAGAUUCCCUGAUGUAGAUCUGAAUUGUACCCGUUUUUUCAUAUCAUGUCGAUCACUAUCGAACACGAUGCCUAAAUGUAAACAUUGGACAUCAUGAAAGCCAAAAGGAAUUGAUUGCGAUUCUUGAAA